GUGCCCCCGCGCUACGCGAAGGUUGCCGGGAUCCGGGGCAGUAGCAGCGACUUGAGAUCUGUCUCUGGGGCCUGCUGGCGGCGGCCUGGGGCGGCGCGGCGGCAGGUGGGCAGGUACACCGAUACUGAAGUACUAUGAGCCUUCAGAACUUGUGGAGAGACUACAAAGUUUUGAUUGUUAUGGUCCCUUUAGUUGGGCUCAUACAUUUGGGGUGGUACAGAAUCAAAAGCAGCCCUGUUUUCCAAAUACCUAAAAACAACGACAUUCCUGAGGAAGAUAGUAUGGAACUUUCAAAUCUUCAGAAGAGCCAAAUCCAAGGGAAGUAGCAGGCUUGCGAUCUUUAGAUAAAGAAGCGGCUUUGAAUCUGAGCUUCAUGUCAAAAGAAGAGAUGAAAAAUACCAGUUGGAUUAGAAAGAACUGGCUUCUUGUAGCUGGGAUAUCUUUCAUAGGUGUCCAUGUUGGAACAUACUUUUUACAGAGGUCUGCAAAGCAGUCUGUAAAAUCUCAGUCUCAAAGCAAACAAAAGAGUAUUGAAGAGUGAAGUAAAAUAAAUAUUUGGAAUUACUAAUUUGUCGUGAAACCAUUAUAUGCUGAUUAGCUUCAUAAACAUUGAACUCUUUGAUUUUAUAGCCACAAUGCUGCAUAUUCAUACUUUAAUUCCUAAAGAAUAAUUUUUAAUGUUAAAACGUGAUAAUGGAAUAAAUAGAAAAAUGUGGUUUACAAAAUAAAAACGGUCUUCACUAGUUACCACCUGAAGUAAGAUGUCUCGUUUGGAAGCUAAGAAGCCAUCAUUGUGUAAGAGUGAACCACUGACAUCUGAGAGAGUCAGGACCACACUUUCUGUCUUGAAAAGGAUCGUAACAUCAUGCUAUGGCCCUUCAGGUAGGCUGAAGCAGCUGCACAAUGGCUUUGGAGGUUACGUGUGCACAACCUCACAGUCCUCAGCCCUGCUCAGUCACCUUUUGGUCACACAUCCCAUUUUAAAGAUCCUGACAACCUCCGUGCAGAAUCAUGUGUCAAGCUUCAGUGAUUGUGGCUUAUUCACAGCCAUUCUUUGCUGCAACCUGAUUGAAAAUGUUCAGAGAUUAGGCUUGACACCCACCACUGUCAUUAGAUUAAAUAAACAUCUUUUGAGUCUUUGCAUCAGUUAUCUCAAGUCCGAGACCUGUGGUUGUCGAAUCCCAGUCGACUUUAGUAGUACUCAGAUCCUCCUUUGUUUGGUUCGCAGUAUAUUAACAAGUAAACCUGCCUGUAUGCUCACCAGAAAGGAAACAGAGCAUGUCAGUGCUUUGAUUCUGAGAGCCUUUUUGCUAACAAUUCCAGAAAAUGCUGAAGGCCACAUCAUUUUAGGAAAGAGUUUAAUUGUACCUUUAAAAGAUCAAAGAGUUAUAGAUUCCACUGUAUUACCUGGGAUACUCAUUGAAAUGUCAGAAGUUCAAUUAAUGAGGCUAUUACCUAUCAAAAAAUCAACUGCCCUCAAGGUGGCACUCUUUUGUACAACUUUAUCCGGAGACAUUUCUGACACUGGAGAAGGAACUGUGGUGGUCAGUUAUGGGGUUUCUCUUGAAAAUGCAGUCCUGGACCAGCUGCUUAACCUAGGAAGGCAGCUAGUCAGUGACCAUGUAGAUCUUGUCCUGUGCCAAAAAGUUAUACAUCCAUCUUUGAAGCAGUUUCUCAAUAUGCAUCGUGUUAUUGCCGUAGACAGAAUUGGAGUGACUCUGAUGGAACCCCUGACUAAAAUGACAGGAACACAGCCUAUUGGAUCCCUAGGCUCAAUAUCUCCUAAUAGUUAUGGAAGUGUGAAAGAUGUGUGCACUGCAAAAUUUGGCUCCAAACAUUUUUUUCAUCUUAUCCCUAAUGAAGCAACAAUCUGCAGCUUGCUUCUCUGCAACAGAAAUGACACUGCCUGGGAUGAGCUGAAGCUCACGUGUCAGACGGCACUGCAUGUCCUGCAGUUAACACUCAAGGAACCGUGGGCUUUGUUGGGAGGUGGCUGUACUGAAACUCAUCUGGCUGCAUAUAUCAGACACAAGACUCACAACGACCCCAAAAGCAUUCUCAAAGAUGAUGAAUGUACUCAAACAGAACUUCAACUAAUUGCUGAAGCAUUUUGCAGUGCCCUAGAAUCUGUUGUUGGCUCUUUAGAACAUGAUGGAGGUGAAAUUCUCACUGACAUGAAGUAUGGACACCUUUGGUCAGUUCAGGCAGAUUCUCCCUGUGUUGCUAACUGGCCAGAUUUGCUUUCACAUUGUGGCUGUGGAUUAUACAAUAGCCAGGAAGAACUCAGCUGGUCUUUCUUAAGAAGCACACGUCAUCCUUUUGUGCCACAAACCUGCCUUCCACUUGAAGCUGUGGGCUCAGCCAGCAACCUGACCUUGGACUGUUUGACUGCAAAGCUUAGUGGCCUACAGGUGGCUGUAGAGACAGCCAAUUUGAUUUUGGAUCUCUCAUAUGUUAUUGAAGAUAAAAACUAAGAGAAUAGCAUGUUUGUAUUACGAAAGAAACAAAUAAACUAGUCUGGUG